UUUAGCAGUGUAAUAGUUAUAUAAUCAUUCCCGAAUCAAUCCUUGGCCGACGCUCAGUUUCAAGUUUGGGGAAUGCCACUCGUAACUUGUUGCCGUAUAAGUUUCUGUAGAUGCGUACUGCCCGUACACACUGUCUUUGCAGUGUCGCCUAAAUACUCCAGAGUUGCAGAGUCAUGUUGAGGCAUUAAUUCCUCCUCCCCACCACCACCAUCACCACCACCGCUGCAGCUUUUGGAAGUCUGCCGACGGCGACGCAGAGCGGGGCAGCAGCAGGCAGCAGAGACACCACAGCUCUUUAUCGCAUUUAUCCUUUAACUGUGAAGACUGGCCGAUCUGCUGCUUUCCUCACAGGACGGCAAGCUUCAACCAGCGACAGGGGAGAGAAGACCUCCUGCAGUCGGACCAGCGAUGCGGAAACUCCCCGGUGUGAUUCUCAUGUCAUUAUGGAGUUUUAACAGCUGCCGUGAAAGUACCGCUUUAGGAUAAGCAUCACAACAGACGGGGGUUGAAGAAAUCCCUGCCAAAAUACAUCCGAUUGUGCAGUUACACAUAUUUGCCAACCACUUCCUCUUUUUUUCCCCCAUUGGACAAAAAAAAUUGCAGAGGACUCUCUGAAAUGUCAAAAUGGAUCACUUUCAAAGCCCUGAAACCUGUAUAAUCUGGACCAACAGCGAUUCAAUGAUCAUGGUCUGACUUGUGCUUUGGGAACUGUCUGAUCCGGAUUCAAAAGCUGCCAGUCAUGUUGGAGCCUGGAUCUGUGGAUGAGGGAGUAUUAUGUGGUUCACCAUCACUCUGCCUGUUUUUUUACCAGCCGGAUUUGUGCGGAGAAGCGUAUGAGCUGAACAUAUUUCAUGUGGCAACUGGCUUUUCCUGUGGACUACUUGCUGGGCCUGCCGACUGUAACCAGGAUCACCAGUCAUGGAUAGUACCAUUAUGCUCUUCACAUCCCUAAUUUCUUGGUCUCCUUGUUGAAUAGACUUUUUUUUGUGUUAAAUUUAAGGCAAGAUGAAGGAACUAAGGACAUCUUCUCACCGGAGCCUUUACAAAGACAAAGGAAUUUUAUCCGCUGAAAGUCUGAGCCCAACGGGAUAAGAACUGAAAACUCUGUAAAGUACAAGACUCUAAUACAAAACAAGUAAUUACUCAAACAAACAAACAAAGCAGAGUACUUCUCUCCCAGAAUGCAUUGCCCGAGGACGAAACGCCUGGCCCGCAACUCUGACUUCUCAGCUAUCGCGGUUCCCUCGAUGCAUGGGUCCGGGUAUCUUGACUACACAGUCGAGACCCACGCUCCCAAAGCCCUCGAGGUCAUGGAGGAAUUCAGACGGCAUGAGAUGUUGUGUGACCUCGUGCUACAUGUCACAUACAAGGAAAGGACAGUGGACUACAAGGUGCACAGGGUGGUGCUGGCGUCCUGUAGCCCCUACUUCAGAGCCAUGUUCACCAGCAGCUUCAAAGAGUGUCACGCCUCGGAGGUCACCCUGCGUGAUGUCUGCCCUCAGGUGGUGGGAAGACUUAUAGACUUUGCCUACACCUCCCACAUCACAGUGGGAGAAAACAGUGUGUUGCAUGUUCUGUUGGCUGCUAUGAGGUAUCAGAUGGAGGACGUGGCCAAGGCGUGCUGCGAUUUCCUCACCAAGCACCUGGAGCCGGCCAAUGUCAUCGGCAUCGCCCGCUUUGCUGAGGAGAUCUACUGCAAGGAGCUGCACCAGCGGAGUCGAGAGUAUAUCAACACACACUUCAAUGAGGUGAUUAAAGAAGAUGAGUUCUUCAGACUCUCCCACUGCCAGCUGCUGGAGCUCAUCAGUCAGGACAGUCUCAAGGUGCUCUGUGAGUCUGAGGUGUAUAAGGCCUGUACAGACUGGGUCCGCUGGGAUAUGGAGGGCAGAGCCCAGUACCUGCAUGCCCUCCUGAAUGCGGUUCAUAUCUACGCCCUGCCUCCUAAGUUCCUAAAGAACCAGCUGCUGUCCUGCCCCAUCCUCAGCAAGGCCAAUUCCUGUAAGGACUUCCUGUCUAAAAUCUUCCAAGAUAUGACUUUGAGGAAGCUGCCUCCUGCACCUAACCGUGGAACGCAGCUGAUCUAUGUAGCCGGCGGAUACAAGCAGCGUUCACUGGACUCCAUGGAGGCUUUUGAUCCCAGGAGGAAUGUGUGGCUAAAACUGGCUGACAUGGGGUCUGCAUGCAGUGGUCUGGGGGCCUGCGCGCUGUUUGGACUCCUUUACACUGUUGGAGGCCGGAACAUGUCUCUUCAAAACAUCACAGAGUCCAGCGCCCUGUGCUGCUACAACCCGAUGACCAACCAGUGGAGCCAGCAAGCCUCCCUCAGCAUCCCAAGGAACAGGGUCGGGGUGGGCGUGGUGGAUGGCUGCAUCUACGCUGUCGGAGGCUCGCAGGGCUCCACACAUCACAACACGGUAGAGAGGUGGGAUCCAGAGUCUAAUCGCUGGUCCUUUGUUUGUCCGAUGUCGGUGGCUCGUCUGGGUGCUGGAGUGACGGCGUGCGGGGGGGUUCUGUAUGUGGUGGGGGGAUACGACGGGCAGAACCGCUGGAACACUGCUGAGAAAUACCAGCCUGACACUAACACCUGGCAGCAGCUGGCACCCAUGAGCACCAUACGCAGUGGACUGGGUUUGGUGUGUGUGAACUCUCACCUGUACGCAAUAGGAGGGUAUGAUGGGCGGAGCCAGCUGUGUUCUGUGGAGCGUUACAAUAUAACCAGGAACCAAUGGGAGCCCAGGGCCUCCAUGCAGUACUGCCGCAGUGCACACGGAGUCGCAGUCCACCAUGGGAGCAUAUUUGUCCUCGGAGGCUUUAACCAGCACGGCUUCCUGACCAGCGUUGAGUGUUACUGUCCAGACAGAAAUGAAUGGACGUGGGUCACCGACAUGCCCGUCGGGUGCAGCGGCAUGGGCGUCGCUGUUACCAUGGAGCCCUGUCCCGGCAGCCUGCCGGAACAACAAGAGGAGGAUGAGGAUGGAGCCACAUGACGAUGAGGACGAAAUCGGUUGAAGUUUCAAGUGUACAUUUUUAAGUGGUGCUGCUUUUCAAGAGAGGGUUAAGUGAAAAACAUUCCAAUAUGAAAACUCCUCGUACCUCCCCGCUCUCAUGGAUCUCAUUUGUAUCGCCCUGUGGAGUACUGGACACGUGUUCUGAAUGGAAGAGGAAGAAUAUUUCUACAUCUUCUAGGGCGACAGAUGAUUUGGGAAAAACUGGUAGCAUAACAGUGACCUCGCAAUGAACAAGGUGCUACAGAUGUUCUCAAAUAGCUAUCAAAUCAAAUAAUGGUACCAUUAGAUUAAGUAUUGUUAUUCCUCAGCUGUUUUUAAUCUCUUUAGUGUUACAUUUAUUUGUAACUUUACAAAAUGAAUAACCUUCAGUAUCCUGAUUUCCUCUGUGUUGAAACUCUACCUCUGUCUCUGUCUAAAUGAGCACUUUUCUUAUGUGUUUUUCUUUAUUUUGUGCCAAUAUAGUUUCACCCCAAACUGCCAUUUUGUGUGCAUUCAACAUAUUUUAUUUUGUGACAAUAAAGUUAAUGUGUAUUUCUGCACUACAUAAUCAUCAUUUUUAAUUCACAUUUUCUCCAAUGUACUGACGUCAGUAAAGAAAAAUGUUUUUUUUUAUUGACUUCUUGUGAUCUCAAGUGUGUAGGCCCCAAUAUGUAACAGCAUGUGCACUACCACUAGAUGGUGGAAUUAGUCCAAAAACAGCUGCAACGUAAAAUGUUUCUGUUUAUGGCUUUGCCAUGUAAAAGUGCCCUAAAGGAACUUCCAGCUUAAAAAGAACAGCAACAGAAUAAGGGUUCUAAACAAUGAUGCAUUACCAUAUUAACUGAUAUACAGUACGUAUGGAAUUCACACACUAUGUGCAUUGAUGUCCAGUUUGGAUGAAGAAUAUUUGUCCAUGUUUUCUUGCUAAGAGAGAAUAAUUAGAGCUAGCCAGCCGAGCCUUCAGCCAUUACUCCAGCAGUCCAGAAGAAAGACAGAAGGUGCUACACAAGACUGUUGUCAUCAACCGCAGACUUCUCUUGUGUGUUUACUUAUCUCUCUCUGCACUGCUGCUCUCUGGCUCCUCCAUGGGUCACCUGCAAUUAUCACAGCAGGGCCAGCAAAGAAGACAGUUCUGGACAGAGCAAUUAUUCAAAUACAUGUUGAGAUUUGUGACAGAGAAGAAUGAAGGAGAAGCAUAAAAAAAAAGAAAUAAAGAAAAUGCUCAUGUA